CAACAGUAAGCAAGUAAUGACAAGAACUAAGCACAGAAACUUUGAGACUAAAUAUAAACACCCGCCCGCCAUCCACCUUAGUUAAGAAAUUGUCAUUUUCUUAGUCUCCUUCACUUGAAAACAUUACCCUUUUCUUCUCUGCUUUUCAGUUCACCGGCCGCCAUGUCUAAGGCCACUUCUCCUCUGUUUUUCCUCUGUUUCCUCUGCUUUUUCUCUGUUAUCAAAUGCGGCGAACUUCAGAUACUUCUCAACAUCAAAACCUCCCUUCAAAAUUCAAAAACUAACGUGUUUGAUUCUUGGGAUAGAACACUUCCCGUUUGUAAAUUCACCGGAAUUAUCUGUACUCCAGAUAAUUCAGUCAAAGAAAUAGAACUUUCGAAGCGAAACUUAUCUGGAAUCCUCCCUCUUGAUUCCAUAUGCAGCCUUCAAUCUUUGGAAAGGCUUUCACUUGGAUUCAAUUCUUUAUCUGGUAGAAUCAUAGGUAACUUGAACAAGUGCCGCAGUUUGAAAUAUCUUGACCUUGGCAAUAAUCUUUUCUCCGGUCCAUUUCCCGGUUUCUCUGAUCUGGUUCAAUUAGAGCAUCUUUUCUUGAAUCAAAGCGGAUUCUCUGGUGUUUUUCCAUGGAAAUCAUUGGAAAAUAUCACUAAUAUGCUUACACUGAGUUUAGGGGAUAAUUCUUUCGAUCCGAUUCCAUUUCCAUCCGAGAUUCUAAAGCUAACAAAGUUGACCUGGCUUUACUUAUCCAACUGCAGCAUCAGUGGCUCGAUUCCUCAAGAUAUCGGAAAGCUUUCUGAGUUGACUAACUUCGAACUUUCUGAUAAUAAUCUUUCCGGUGAAAUUCCCUCGCAAAUAGGAAUGCUCAAGAAUCUUUGGCAGCUCGAGCUCUACAAUAACAACUUGACUGGUAAAUUACCAGUUGGAUUUAGAAACCUUACAAAACUCGAGAAGUUCGAUGUGUCGAUGAAUAAUUUAGAUGGAGAUUUAUCUGAAUUGAGAUUCUUGACUAAUUUGGUGUCGAUACAGCUGUUCUAUAAUCAGCUUUCCGGUGAAAUUCCGGCGGAGUUUGGCCAAUUCAAGAAAUUAGUCAAUCUUUCUUUGUAUGGAAACAAAUUAACCGGUUCACUUCCUCAACAACUCGGUUCUUGGGCUAAUUUUGAUUUCAUUGAUGUGUCUGAGAAUUACUUGACCGGUCCAAUUCCACCCAAUAUGUGCCAGCAAGGGAAUAUGAAAGAACUUCUCAUGCUCCAAAACAAUCUCACCGGCGAAAUUCCGGCAAGUUACGCCAGUUGCAAGACGCUGAAGAGGUUCAGAGUUAGUAAAAACUCUCUCUCUGGAGUUGUUCCUGCCGGAAUAUGGGGAUUGUCUGAAGCCAACAUAAUUGAUAUAGAAGAAAAUGAUUUCGAAGGUCCGGUUACGCAUGAUAUUGGGAAUGCUAAAGCUCUUGGACAGCUUUUCUUGGGAAAUAACCGCUUGUCCGGUGAAUUACCAGAGGAGAUAUCAGAAGCUAUAUCUUUGGUUUCGAUAAAGUUGAACGACAAUCAAUUUUCCGGCAAGAUACCGGAGACAAUUGAACAACUGGAGCACUUGAGCAGUCUUUAUUUGCAGAAAAACAGGCUGUCUGGUUCAAUACCAAAGUCAUUAGGCUCUUGUGAUUCUCUUACUGAUUUAAACAUCGCUCAUAAUUCACUUUCCGGUGAAAUCCCAUCUUCUCUGGGAUCUUUACCAACUCUAAAUUCUCUUAAUUUGUCAGAUAAUCAACUUUCAGGUCAAAUUCCAAAAAGUUUGUCAUCUUUGAGGCUAAGUCUUCUUGAUCUAACCAACAAUAGAUUAAGCGGUCACAUACCUCAGUCUCUGUCAAUAGAAGCUUACAACGGAAGCUUUGCCGGAAAUAAUGGGCUUUGCAGCCAAACUGUGAGCACUUUUCAUCGGUGCAGCCCGGAAUCCGGGAUGUCCAAAGAUGUCCGCACACUCAUCAGUUGCUUUGUCGUAGGAGCAGCAAUCUUGCUGGUGUCACUUAUGUACUUCUUGUACUUAAAGAAAAAGGAAAAGGAUCACGACCGUUCUUUGAAGCAAGAAUCAUGGGAUGUUAAGUCGUUCCACGUGUUAACAUUCGGCGAAGAGGAGAUUCUUGAUUCCAUUAAAGAAGAGAAUCUAAUCGGAAAAGGAGGAUCUGGAAAUGUGUAUAAAGUGUUGCUAGAAAAUGGCAAGGAACUUGCUGUCAAACACAUUUGGAAUUCCGAUUCCGGCGGCCGGAAAAAGAGCUGGAGCGCGACUCCAAUGAUUGCGAAAAGAGGAGAAAAAUCUAAAGAAUUUGACGCAGAAGUACAGACUUUGAGUUCAAUUAGGCAUAUGAAUGUAGUGAAGCUGUAUUGCAGCAUUACAAGUGAAGAUUCAAGUUUGUUGGUUUACGAGUAUAUGCGUAACGGAAGCUUAUGGGAUCGGCUUCAUACGUCGAACAAGAUGGAGCUUGAUUGGGAUACAAGGUAUGAGAUUGCAGUAGGAGCAGGCAAGGGACUUGAAUAUCUGCAUCACGGAUGUGACAGACCCGUGAUUCAUCGAGAUGUUAAGUCUAGUAAUAUUUUAUUGGAUGAGUUCUUGAAGCCUAGAAUUGCUGAUUUUGGUCUAGCCAAGAUUGUUCAGGCUAAUGUCUCCAAAGAGUCCACACACGUCAUAGCUGGUACUCACGGUUACAUAGCUCCCGAAUAUGCGUACACAUACAAGGUGAAUGAGAAGAGCGAUGUGUAUAGCUUCGGGGUAGUGUUAAUGGAGCUCGUGAGCGGAAAAAGGCCGAUAGAGCCGGAAUUUGGAGAAAACAAAGACAUAGUGGAUUGGGUGUCGAGCAACUUGAAGAGUAAAGAGAGAGUGUUCAGCAUAAUAGAUUCAAGAAUUCCUGAAGUUUUUAAGGAAGAUGCUAUAAAGAUUCUGAGAAUCGCAAUUAUGUGCACUGCAAGACUUCCUACAGUAAGGCCCACUAUGAGAAGUGUAGUUCAAAUGCUAGAAGAUGCAGAACCAUGCAAGCUGGUGGGAAUUAUAAUUAGUAAAGAUGGUGGUAGCAAGAAAAAAGAAGUGACUGAUAGAGUGUGAGAUUAUAAUUUGGAAAUUCUAGUAGUUGAAAACUUGUACCAGUAAUGUAACAUAGUAGACAUAUAUAGCUUGUAAGUUGUAACAUAUUAGCUCAAGUAUGCAAUUUUGUGUUUUUAACUUACAAAGAGACGUAGCUCUUUAUUGUACCAGUGACAGUGAAUGAGAAGCAAAAAUUCAAUAAAAUUUGUCGGCUUCUUUUUUCACUUA